AUGGCUUCACAGAUGGCGGCCAUGGUGGUGACACGCUCCCCACCCUGGGAGCCGUCGCGGCUGGGUGUUGAGCCCCUCUGUCUUGCCGUUAAUGCUUGGCUUUUUAACUCCAAGGACUCUGUUGCCGGUAAUUGCAAGACCGGCACUAGUUUUUGGGGUCAGAUAGCUGCAACCUUCAACUCUACCUCGGAUCCUGCCCGUCAUCGGACCUCGAAGCAGCUGAAGGAUCAUUGGAAUGCCUACAACAAGGAGGUGUCCCUGUUCAAUGCAUUCCACAUCCAAGAAUCAGCAUUACGUCAGAGUGGAGCAGACGAUGAUAUGGUCAUGAAGGCGACAAUGGAGAGGUACGCGAAUGACAAAAGAGUGACUCAGCCGUUCAGACGGCACCACUGGUGGCUAGCUGUUCGCAAUGAAGCGAAGUGGAAAGGACAACAUGGUCCUGGUAGUGGAACCGAGUCCACUUCCAAGAGAAGCCGUCUAGGACUUUCUGGUGAGUACAGCUCUAGCGAGGCGACGACGGAGGAGGAGCGUCCAACGGGCCGCGAUAGGGCCAAGGCCGCGGCACGUAAGGGUAGGAGGAAGGGGAAGGACUCCUCAUCAAGCAGUGAGGCAAAGCUCAUGAUCAGGAACAAGAGGAGGCACUAUGAGCAACUAGACCCUUCUUCUCAGAGGUGA